AGAUUUUUUGAAUUCAUUACCCAAACAAACACUUCGAAACAAAAAAAAAAAAAAGCAGAAUUUUGUCAAGACUUGAUUUUAUUUUUUAAUUUUUUAUAAUGUAAUUAGCAGAAUUUUUGAUACUUUCUGGACGUUCUAACACAAAGCAGGUCCUCAAUUCUAGUAAUUGUAGAUUCUUCAUUCUUGCUUUGUUCCCUGAAUCUUUUUAAAUUUUGCCAGAUACCCAAAUGAGUAAUCGUGAAAAUCUAUUUGGGAAUUCGAAGAAUCCUCAAAAUGUUUGCUAAGUUUGGAUUUUUAUGGUUUCAGAAGCAAGCCAUCAAUGGAGCAGAGGCAUGGCUACUUUAGGCAGCAAGGAAGUGGAGUACGGAGAGAUUUUGAAGAAGAAGACGUGUGGGCUGUGCUCAAAGAAAGAAAAGAUCCAUCAAACCUUCUAAAGUUAGCCAACUCAUCAAUUCUGAAUUCGAACCUUCAAUUUCGGUUCAAUGACGCCUCCCUUCUACGUCGAGAAUGAUCCCAAAAAAAGGGGCAAGGGCGGAGAUAUCAGUAGCAGUGAUGAUGAUGGGAAGGUUCAGAAAAUGUAUUCAAAUAAAAUGGCCUUUCUAUUAUGGAGAUAAAUAAGACGUUGCAAACUUAAAGCUUCUUCUAGGGUUCUACAGCCAUGGCCCAAGUCCUGAACAACAUGGCGGUCGAUUCACUCGACCGUCGUCGCGACCGUGAUGACAAAUCCUCUACGGCCAAAGACACCCCCAACAACAACGACAAUACCACCACUGCUACCCAAUCCUCCCCUCCACCACCACUUCAACAACAAAAUCAACCUCCGCCAUCUUCUAGAAGGCGUGAUAGAGACUCACGAGAAAGGCGUGAUGAUCGAGACCUUGAACGUCAACCUAACCGUCGUGGACCUGAUUAUUAUGACAGGAAUCGUUCUCCGCCGAUGCCUAGAGAUAGAGAUAGCGAUUAUAAGAGGCGGAGCACAUUGAGUCCUCCUCCGCCAGUUUCGUAUAGAGAUAGAAUGCACUCGCCGCCUCCGCGAAGGUCGCCUCCUUACAAGCGCUCAAGGAGGGAUGAUGGAGGUUAUGACGGCAAGAGAGGAAGUCCGCGUGGCGUUUUUGGACCUGGAGAUAGAAGGUUUGGGUAUGAUUAUGCUGGUGGCUAUGAACGGGAGAUGGGGGGCAGACCUGGCUAUGGUGAUGAAAGGCCUCAUGGCCGGCACAUUAGUCGGCCAUUUGGUGGUUAUAGUGGUCAUUCAGAUUGGGAUUCAGGUCGUUCUGGUUACAAUGAGGUACCUAAGACGGGGAGUGUUCAAAGGGAAGGCUUGAUGUCAUACAAGCAGUUUAUUCAGGAGCUUGAAGAUGAUAUACUACCAGCUGAAGCAGAGCGCAGAUAUCAAGAAUACAAGUCAGAAUAUAUUUCAACUCAGAAGCAUGUUUUCUUUGAUGCUCAUAGGGAUGAGGAAUGGUUGAAGGACAAAUAUCAUCCAACUAAUUUACUUUCUGUAAUAGAGAGGAGGAAUGAACUUGCACGGAAGGUUGCAAAAGAUUUUUUGCUAGAUUUACAGAGUGGGACAGUGGACUUAGGUCCUGGUGUAAAUGCCUUGCCAUCAAAUAAAUCUGGACAGACUAGUGAUCCAAAUUCUGAUGAUGAAGCAGAUACUGGUGGUAAAAGAAGACGGCAUGGUCGGGGACCUGGUAAAGAAAGUGAUGUUCUAUCUACUGCUCCUAAGGCACACCCAGUCAGUUCAGAACCUAGAAGAAUCCAAAUUGAUAUUGAGCAAGCACAGGCUCUUGUACAAAAACUUGAUUUGGAGAAAGGAAUUGAGGAAAAUAUCUUAUGUGGAUCUGAUAACAAUAAAAUGAGUUGGGAGAAAUCCCAUGGUAUCUCUACUGGCCCAGUUAUCAUCAUCAGGGGGCUGACCUCUGUCAAGGGUUUGGAGGAUAUUGAACUUCUGGAUACACUUAUUUCUUAUAUGUGGCGCAUCCAUGGCGUGGAUUAUUAUGGGAUGGUUGAAACAAGUGAAGCAAAGGGUUUCAGACAUCUUAGAGGAGAGGGAAAGAGUAGUGACUUAAGUAUUAAUGGGUCUGAGUGGGAAAAGAAACUUGACUCUUUUUGGCAAGAGAGAUUAAGGAGUCAAGAUCCGUUAGAAAUAAUGACUGCAAAGGACAAGAUUGAUGCUGCUGCUGUUGAUGCUUUGGAUCCCUUUGUCCGAAAGAUUAGGGAUGAAAAGUAUGGGUGGAAGUAUGGUUGUGGAGCUAAAGGUUGCACAAAGCUUUUUCAUGCUGCUGAGUUUGUUCACAAGCAUCUUAAACUGAAGCACCCAGAGCUUGUGAUGGAGCUCACUGUCAAAGUGCGUGAAGAACUGUAUUUCCAGAACUACAUGAAUGACGUAGAUGCACCUGGUGGGACACCUGUCAUGCAGCAACCUUUACCGAAGGAAAAACCACUGAGACGCAAACUAGUUCCAGGGAACCGAUUAAAAGAUGAACGAGGAAACCGUAGAGGGCGUGACUAUGGAGCUAAUGGCAGUGAUAGAUAUGAUAGGCCUGACAGUGUUCAAUCUAGUGAAUUUCCAUUGAAUAAUGAUGGUCCUGAUGGGGCAAGCCAUGAUGAAUCAGUGUUUGAUGCUUUUGGAGGAGGAAUACGGGUUGGGCCUCCAUUCUCCUCAGAUAUAGCUCCUCCACCCGUGUUGAUGCCUGUUCCUGGUGCUGGUCCACUGGGGCCUUUUGUGCCUGCACCGCCUGAAGUUGCAAUGCAGAUGUUUAGAGAGCAGGGUGGUCCUCCUCCUUUUGAAGGGGGUGGUAGAAAUGGACGGCCUGGGCCCCAACUAAGUGGACCGGGCCCUAUUCUUUUGUCUCCAGAGUUUCGACAGGAUCCUCGACAAUUAAGAAGCUAUCAAGACCUAGAUGCACCAGAGGAUGAAGUGACAGUUAUAGACUACAGGAGUUUGUAAAGAAGUGGUUGAUUGUUGAAAGAAUUCUUUGUAAGUUGAUAUUUUGGAGGGUGGAGGCAACUGUUGCACCGCAUUGUGGUUAGAUGAUUAGGAUGUGAAUCUACAAGAAGUAGUGCAGGUUGCUCAUGUUUCUGCCUCCCUUCCAGCUCCCCGACUCUUUGACUGAUUUGAAAAGAGAUUUUAUAUUAUGAAUUUAGGGAUGGUUAACAAAACAGAUCUUUUGUAGUCCCUCAUUUGUUUCCCCCCAAUGUUGGUGUUCAAUAGAUAAACCACAUACUGAUUGUAAAACCUUUGUGCUUUAUUCUAGACACUUGCCCAUAAUGUUAAGGUUCACUCUUUCAUUCUCGAA